AUGGCGGAAGUUGACAUGUCUCGGCGGAACAAGAAGCCUAGGUUGUUACUCGAGUCUGAGAGGGCGCGACUGGAGGAAUUCGUUGACAGUAUCGGAUAUUCAGCAAGAUACUCUGACAGCGAAUUCGAAUACCGUCAUGUACAACUCCCAAAAGCCAUGUUGAAGGUCAUUCCGAGAGACUAUUUCGACGACUCGAAGGGGACUUUGAAGUUGCUGUGGGAAGAAGAAUGGAGGGGAUUGGGGAUCACACAGAGCCUGGGAUGGGAGCACUAUGAAGUCCACGAGCCAGAACCACAUAUCCUCCUGUUCAAGCGACCGAUUGGAUACCAGCCUCCUGCUCAUUGA